AUGCUCAGUCUUCCUCUGCUGCUGCCGCUGCUCUGGGCUGUGGUGUCUCAUGGCUUCCCAGUAACUCCAGAAAUACAAGGAGAAGAUGCGGAGCUGGUUCAGAAAUAUUUGGAUAACUAUUAUAAUUUGAACAAAGGAACACAUGUUGGAAAACAAAAGAGAAGCAUUAAUGACCUGGUUGAACACCUAGAACAAAUGCAGAAAUUCUUUGGGCUGAAAGUGACUGGAAAGCCGGAUAAUGAAACCCUGAGGAUGAUGAAGCAGCCCAGAUGUGGGAUGCCUGAUGUGGCUUCAUUUACCAUCAUGCCAGGGGGCUUUCGUUGGAACAAAAAGGAUCUGACUUACAGGAUUAGAAAUUACACACCAGAUUUGCCAAGAUCGGUAGUGGACAAUAUCUUUGAGAAAGCCUUUCGACUCUGGAGUGAUGUGUCACCUCUGACAUUCACCAGGAUCUUUUGGGGUGAAGCAGACAUAAUGAUAUACUUUACCAGAGGAGAUCAUGGAGACAAUAACCCCUUUGAUGGACCUAGCGGUAAAAUCGCUCAUGCUUUUGCACCAGGCCCAUAUAUAGGAGGGGACGCUCACUUUGAUGAAGAUGAAACGUGGACCGAAGAAAAGAGGGCCAAGCAUUUGGAGAUUAACUUGUACCUCACUGCGGCUCAUGAAUUUGGCCAUUCCCUUGGACUUGAUCAUUCUUCUGACCCUGCAUCUAUAAUGUUCCCCGUCUAUUCUGAAAAUGGUGUCAUUGCAUUAGGUCAAGAUGACAUUGUUGGCAUCCAAGCAUUAUAUGGUCCUUCCAAAAAUCCCAUCAAGCAAGUAAGCUUACAAGCUCCAGAUGUGUGUAACAGUCAGAUAACCUUUGAUGCUGUAACUACAGUUCAGGGAGAAAUCGUGUUCUUCAAAGACAGAUUCUACAUUCGUUCACAUCCCUUAUAUUUAGAAACUAAAAUGCAUUUCACUGCUACUUUUUGGCCACAUCUGAUAAGUGGAUUUGAUGCUGCUUAUGAACUUGAACAUAAAGAUGAAAUCCGGUUUUUCAAAGGUUUCAACUACUGGGCUGUUCAGGGACAGUAUGCUCUACCAGGAUAUCCCAGGAGUAUCUACCACUCCUUUGGUUUCCCUAGGACUGUAAAUAAAAUUGACGCUGCUACUUAUGAUGCAUACACUGGAAAAACAUACUUCUUUGUUGCUAACAAGUACUGGAGGUAUGAUGAAUACAGACAAUCGAUGGAUAGAGGUUAUCCUAAAAUGAUAGCAUAUGACUUUCCUGGAAUUGGCAAGGAAAUUGAUGCUGUUUUCAGCAAAGACGGAUUUUUCUAUUUCUUUCAUGGAACAAAGCAAUACAAAUUUAAUCUGAAAACAAAGCAAACGACUAUUCUGAAAUCUAAUAGCUGGUUCAACUGCAGAAAAUAA